AUGAGACAGUACAGCUACUACCUGUGGAUUGGUCAGAUCCUCAACAUGCUUGCGAUUUCGUCACUCAAAUUUUCCAUUUGCGCGUAUCUUCUCAACCUCAACUUCUCCCGGGUGUAUCUGGUAGUCGUAUGGGCGAGCAUCGUCAUGGUUACGACAUUCAACUUGGUGGUUCCGAUGAUGAGUGUAUUCUGUCGCACUCCGAUGGAGGCCAACUGGAACAAAGCCAUCGAGGGAAAAUGCUUCAUGUCUACAGGAAACGUUGGCCUCUCCUGGACACAGGGAGGAUCCAAUAUCAUCACAGAUCUCGUAUACGUUGUCGCACCGCUCAUCUACCUCUCUACCAUCCAGCUCCCGAGACGUACACAAUGGGGUCUUCGUGUUGUAUUCUGUCUUAGUCUAGGGUAA